UUUUGUUAAAAAAUCCUCGCUUGAUUUUUGCUCAACGAUGGCCGUUAUCCUUCUUUUGGAUAGUGUUUUAGUCCCCUUGAGCCUCUUCCUUAUAGUGGGUUACCAUGUAAAUCUGUGGUGUUAUUUCAAGAUCAAGCCCUCCCGUAUCACGAUCGGAAUCGAAGCAUUGAGAAGAAAAGAAUGGUUUAUGAACAUGAAAGAGGGUGAUGAUAAGAAGGCGAUGUUGGCGGUUCAAAGCUUGAGAAACACACUAUUGACGACAACUAUAGCUGCAACAAUAGCGAUUCUGGUGGAGUUAGCAUUGGCAGCGCUAACGAACAACACCUACAACGCAAGCAGGAUUUUCCAGAGUGUAAUUUUGGAGCCAGAAUCGGGUAAUGGUGGGAGAAUUUUUGCUCUAAAGUUUGGCUCGACGUCUUUCUUUCUGUUGGCUAGCUUCUUUUGCAGCGCCUUGGGACUCGGGCAGUUGAUUGAUGCUAACUUUUUGGUGAGCGCUCCUGAGGAGUUCUCGUUUCCUGCAUACACACAGAUGGUGUUUGAGCAGGGUUUCAUGAUGGCUUUCAUUGGAAAUCGGAUUCUGUGCAUGUGCUUUCCUUUGUUGCUGUGGAUGUUUGGUCCUUUGCCGGUGGCCUUGUGCUCUGUGGCUCUGGUUUGGGGGCUUUAUGUUCGUGAUUUUGUUGGCAAGUUCUCAGUAAAUGAAGCUUAGUCUCACUUGAAAGAUGAAACC